CAAAAUUGAACGAUCAGCCUGCUCACCUCUUUGCGACUACAUCGCUGGAAGCGAAAUGUAUGCGAAGGAAAUUUCGUUAGCCAUCAUAUGCAUUUUACUCUCAAGCGGUCCUCAAAUUACUGACUGUAGGCGAUGCGGCUGCCUGGAACGUCCAGCGAAGGGUGGACCGGGUCGAGACCUCAUGUGUAGCCCCUACAAUACGCCGGCGUCGGUGAAGAACCAAAGUCGCAGCUGCGUCUGCAGGCUCGGCGCCUACCGUAAUCCAUGGGGUCAUUGUAUCAGCCUGGAAGAGUGCAAGCGCUGUGGCACGUAUCCACACAAGAGCUACAACCUCUGCGCGUCGGAGUGCCCCUUGAGGUGCGACCAGCCUGUACAAAAAUGUUCCAACCGGUGUGUCGUCAGGUGCGACUGUGCUCCUGGAUACGUGCUAGGCAGAAAUAACGCGGACAAGUGCGUCAAGGCGGACUGCUGCCCGCCAAAAUGUCCUGCGAACUCAACGUUCAAACUCUGCGUGUCCAACUGCAGGCCGAUGUGCGGUAGACCACAACCCCGCAAUUGCUAUAACCGUUGUACCACGGGUGGUUGCGUCUGCAACAAAGGCUUCUCCGAGGUCGUUAUUGGUGGCGCCAUCAGCUGCGUGCCCGACUUCCAGUGCAGUCAAUAUUUGCCCCGUAACGAAAUCUGAUGACAUUGCGUGCGCUUGCUGCGAAGAAGAAAGUCAAGACAUUGAACGAUUUUUUUCCUUAGACAAAACGUAACUUCAAUUUGUCCAUGCGUCUACCAAACACAGCAAUAAAAUUCAGGUACGCUAA